AUGGAGGUGGUGUCAGCUGGACCUGAAGGAUCCGAGGGUGAGGAAUCUGCUGGUGCGGCGCGUGUAGCAUUUGGAGCCGUUGAUGUGCGGCGGCGCGUGAUCUGUGACUGGGAAUGGGUUUCUUCCUUUAGCAUGGGCUAUGGCCCAACUGGGAUGGAUAAGUGGUCCUUUGGUCAUGCUCUUCUUCUUCGCUGUGACGGUGAAAUACAUGUCCUGAUGUACAGAAUAGUUCAUGGUCUGAACCUUUUUGGACUGACAAUAGGGGACAUAAUAGCAUCAUCCUUGAGCAUGAUGGCACUCAUGAAAUUUCAUUGCUUCGAUGUCAACCAUGGCAAAGAUGGAUGCCACAUGAAUAUAAAUUCCUUUAUGAUUGCUAUUGGCUUCCUUCAAGUAUUUCUCUCUCAAAUUCCUGCCUUUGAUCAGCUGUGGCAGCUCUUCUAUGUCGAACCCUUCCUGUCCUUCAUAUAUUCAACGUUUCUUAUUGCUCUUGGCAUCGCCAAAAUUUCAGAAACUGGGGAGUUUAGGGGUAGCUUGACUGGAAUAAGCAUCGGUACAGUGUCUCUAUUUGGAAAGGGAAAGAUAUCUAGGAUCUUCCUAGCAGUUGGAGAUAUAGCUUUUGCAUAUCGUGAUUACUCCGCCAACACCAUUUGUGAAGUUCAGGAAAAAGUUGAAUCCCCACCAUUGGGGUUGAAGAAAAUCAUGAAGAAGGCCAUUAUGAUUAGCUCUGCCUUCAUGACCUUUAUGUACAUGCUUUGUAGCUGUGUGAGUUAUGCUGCUUUUGGAGAUCACAGCACCCCUAGAGACCUCCUCGCUGAUUUGGGUUUCGGUUUCAAUAACCUAUAUAAUUGGCUGCUUGUCACAGCAAAUGUUGCCUUGGUCAUCCAGUGUGUUGGUGCAUACCAAGUUCAUUCUCGUGCACUCUCUGAUGUGAUUGAGGAUGCCGUGACAAAAAGAUUUCCUGCCCAGAUCACCAGAGAGAUCAUAAUCCCGAGUUUCCGCCCCUACAAACUCAACCUCUUCCGAUUGGUUUGGAGAACAAUCUUUGCGCUCACAACCACUCUCAUAGCAAUGCUUCUGCCGUUCUUCAACGACGUGGUUGGACUUAUUGGAGCUUUAGGGUUUUGGCCUCUCACAGUUUACUUCCCUGUGCAGAUGUAUAUAGAGAAAAACAAGAUACCAAAGUGGAGCACUAAAUGGAUUCUCCUUCAAAUCAUGAGCGUCUUGUGCCUCAUCGUCUCCAUAGCUGCAGCAGCGGGCUCCAUUGCUGGGUUUGUUCUUGAUCUGGAGACUUACAAGCCCUUCAAGACAAACGACUAG